AUGCUGAUCGCCCUGUGGUUGCUGCUCAGCUGCCCCCUCCCGGUGCUGCCCUCCCAGGUGUCCAUCAGCUGCCCGACGGGCAGGCAGUGCCAAAAGGCGCUGCUCUCGGACAAUGACAUCCUCUUGCGCUGCAAUCUCUCGGGGGCACAGUGGUCCUACGUCUUCCUGCAAGACGGCAGCAGCUGGUCCAGCAACCUCACCAGGGUCCCCAACCUGGGGCUGACGGCCGAGGGCCUCCUCAUCAGACGUCCACGGCCCUCCCAGACCGGCUUCUACGAGUGCCGGAGCAAAACCAAUGACAGCGUGCUGUACGGGAUCGACUUCCAGGACGCCAGCACCCUGCAUGUCACGCACCGAGGCCUGGGCCAGGAGCCGCUGCAGAAUGAGAGCCUGGGUCUGGGCAGCAAGGAGUUCAUCUUCACCCGCUGGGAGGCCUGGCAGGACUGUAACCACUGUGAGAAGCCCGGGGAGCGGAAACGGCUGGGGUACUGCUACAUCCAGGACCCCCAGGAGAAGCCGGUGCCCUGCUGGCUGUACUUGGGACACCUGAAGAUGUGGUCCAGCCGCCUGCGGCCCGAGAUGCAGGUGGAAGCCUGCCACCUGCUGUGCAAGAAGUUGCAGGUCGACUACGUUGUCUUUGACAACUACGAGCUCAGUGACAAGUCAGAAUCCGCGUGGCUCACCUGCCCCCUGGGAUCCAUCUACAGGCCAGUUAUCUGGGAAGCCAACAGCGUGCCCCUGACUUGGCAGGACCAGCUCUCGGGCCAGGACAGCGGCACGGUCCUGGACCUGUCCAGCGGUGGCCGGAGGCUGCAGAUCUUCCAACCAGCCGUUUACAAGUGCUUCGUGCAGCAGGAGCUGGUGGCGCGCUUCAACCCCAAGCCCAGCCCCGAGAUCCUGGUCAUCCAGAAGGAGGAGGCCGAGGCCCCGCGGGAGGCACACCAGGGGAAGGCCCGCUCGGUCCUCCAGGGGCUGAAGCUCAUGCUGCUGGUGGGCACGGCCCUGGGCCUGUUCCUUUUGCUUUUCAAGUUCCUCCGCCCUUCCCGGAACAAGAAGAGCAAGCAGGUGCUGCUGGUGCAAUAA